CCAUGAUUUGAUCUAGCUGUCGUUGUUGCAUGCGUUUUGGAACGCGCCUCUGGUCACACUUCAGGUCAUAUGACCGACGUUACGCCGAGUGUUGGAUGUGCUGUUGUAGGCGUUGACUGAACGACUCAUCUUCAUCGAGUCUCGUGAUCUCGAGUCCUUACAAGCCCACCAAAUAUCUUUAAGAAAGAAAAUUAUCCGGACGACAUCAUGGCUCUCAGUGACGCGGACGUUCAGAAGCAGAUCAAACAUAUGAUGGCCUUCAUAGAACAAGAGGCCAAUGAAAAGGCAGAGGAAAUAGAUGCCAAGGCAGAAGAAGAAUUUAAUAUUGAGAAGGGACGCCUGGUGCAACAACAGCGUCUCAAGAUUAUGGAGUAUUAUGAGAAAAAAGAGAAACAAGUUGAACUGCAAAAAAAGAUACAAUCUUCGAACAUGCUUAACCAGGCACGGUUGAAGGCUUUAAAAGUACGUGAAGAUCAUGUACGCAACGUUCUUGAAGAAGCUAGAAAGAGAUUAGGUGAAAUAACUCGUAAUCCCGCACAGUAUAGAGAAAUUCUUCAGCUUUUGAUAAUCCAAGGACUUUAUCAACUAACAGAGACAAAUAUUACUCUUCGUGUUCGUCAAGUCGAUCUGCCGCUCGUAGAAUCCCUUAUUGACAAUGUUCAACAGCAAUAUAAGCAGAAAACUAAGAAAGAUGUUGUUUUGAAGAUCGAUUCUGAUAAUUUCUUGCCCACAGAAAGUUGCGGAGGUGUGGAAUUAUUAGCAUCCAAAGGGCGCAUAAAGAUUAGCAAUACUUUGGAGACCAGAUUAGAGCUAAUAGCACAACAAUUGAUACCUGAGAUCCGUUCCGCCCUGUUUGGACACAAUUUCAAUCGCAAAUUUAAUGAUUAAGCUAGUUUUUCUCGACAAUUGAUUGACUCUCCAAAACAUUCCUUUUAACAACAAAUUACUUUAUCGCAUUAUCAUGUAUUAUAUAGAAUAAAAUUAGCAUAUGACACGCUUUCUGUCGAGACUCAUGCCUAAUAUUUUCAAUGAAAGUAUCUGAUUAAUUGCCGUGCAAUACUUGUCGUUGAAUGAGUUGCAAACAAAUUGUACAGUACUCGUCACAAGUACUCAUUUUACUUUAUUCCUAUCCUUCUGA